GUAGGUAUGACAAUGAGUUUGGUGACAUCGUGUUUUUCUUGUCAAGGUGCAUCGAAAAGAGACUUGUUUGUCGACUUUUCAAUGCGACCUAAAAGGACUUGAAAAGUUGAAUCCUGAGGUCAAUGUCAGGACCCGACCGAAGAAAGCUCAACGUGCCUUGCUCACCGCUCAGUUCACCGCGACCUUCUCGUCAACAAACAGCCGUCCUCCCGUUCGCCGCCGCGCCGGUCCGAGAUGGUGCGAUGGGAUACUACCCGGCGCCGUCCCACCCUCUGGGCUGAUGCCUGAUCCCUCCCGAGCGGUGUUGACUGUCGCAGUCACGCACCCCGCUCCGGCUCGACCCUUCACUGGUCACUCGGUGACCGCGCGGGUCCGCGGGUGGACGGGUGGGAAGGCCAGCGACCUCGGUGACGUCCACGGAUCACUUCUGUGGCUCAGCUGGCUGGAGAGACGCGGUGGACGUUUCACGGCAACUCAGAGGUUACACAAGGCCAUGCGACCCCUCACCAGACGGAGGUCGAGCUGCGAUCGGCUCAGUCUCGGCGACAUCCGCCGCUCUGGAGCCCUGCUGGCCACUGUUGCAGUGUUCUGUGUGUCGGUACGGGUGUUGAGCACAUAUCAGCUGCCCCGCACUGAACAUCAGCCAUCAGGCUGUUAUUCAGAACACGUUGCACGUCUACAAGAGAUCUCCGAGUCUAGCGGUGUUGUCUGCACGGACAAUCUGCUGGGUCACCGGCUGACUGGCCAGUCCUGCCCCGACCCCCCGAUCGACGCUGUGUACACCUGGGUCAACUACUCCGACCCGAAGUUCCAGCAGCAGUUGGAGGACACGCUGAAACAGCUCGGAAGGAAACCCUGGCCGGUGGCGGUGACCCCCUACCGAUUCAUCGACAACGAUGAGCUGCGCUUCUCGCUUCGCUCGUUGGAGCGUCACGCGCCCUGGGUGAGGCGCGUGUUCGUGGUCACGAACGGCCAGGUCCCCCACUGGCUGAGCCUGGACAACCCCCGCAUCACCGUCAUCACGCACGAACAGAUCUUUGCCAAUAAGUCUCAUCUGCCGACGUUUUCCAGUCCGGCCAUCGAGGCCAACAUCCAUCACAUUCCGGGGCUCUCGGAGCGAUUUCUCUACCUCAACGACGACUUCCUGAUCACGCAGCCCGUGUGGCCGGAGGACUUUGUCUCGUCGAGUGGCGAGUACACCAUCUACAUGGACGAGCCGAUCGGUAACGGCCCGCCGGGGGACCCGUUCUAUCCCAGUCUGCAGAGCACAGACCGCAUGCUGGAGCGGCAGUAUGGCGCCGCCCAGCGCCACUACAUUGCGCACGUGCCGCUGCUGAUGGAGCGCCGCCUGCUGCGAGAGCUGCACCGGCUGUUCCCCGAUGAGUACACCACCACAUCGGCGGGCCGCGUGCGCCAGCCGACAGACAUCCAGUUCCAGAUGGCCUACAGCUACUUCAUCAUGUCCGAGCGACGCACUGUGCCCUUGGAGCAGGUCUUUGAGGAGCUGGACACCGACGGUUCGGGGGACUGGUCGGUCACUGAGGUCCGCACGGCGCUGGCGCGACUGAGACCGGUGCCGCUGCCCGCAGACGCGGUGCAGGUCUUCACCUCCACCGUGCGGGCCUGCGGCGGCCGGAACGACUCCGUCCUCAGCCGUGAACUGGUGCUCGGCUGUGCGCCGGUGACCGACGAGCUGCGCGGACGGCUGGGCACCCGACCACGCUUCCAGUACAGACUCGGCCCGCGGGAGCACUGGAGCAUGACGAUACUCGGUCCGGACGUGGACCGUGCGGCUCGUCACCUGGACUUGGUUCGCCGCGACCCUCCGCGCUUCUCGGCGUUCAACAAUGCCUUCAGCGGGGCAGACGAGGAUGUGGUGCGCCAGGUGUCCCAGCUGCUGAAGGACCUGCUGCAGGCGCUCUUCGGCAGGCCGUCUCAGUUCGAACGAUACGUCUGAGGGUCUCCUGAUUCGUGUCGUGUCGAUAUCUGACAGACAAUAGAAUACACACUGAUUUUUCAAAAA